AGCAGACCCUACCCUACGGAAAGGAGGAAAAAAAACACGGCCCCGAGGCUCAAUCCUCGCCGACACAGCGCGGCUCCGUCAGGGCACCAGCCGCCGGAGGAUGGCGGCGCUGGCCGCGAGCCGCCGCCUCCUCCUCCUCCUGCUCCGGCCGGAGCCGGAGCCGUGCCUGCGCUCCCGCGCCCUUAACCCUUAUUCCGCCGGCCGGGCGAGGCGGGCGGGCGGCGUCCGGCGCGCGCCUCCGCUGGUGAGCUGCCGGCGAGGUUUCUCCGACGAGGGGGGCGCGUACGCCGCGAAGAGCAAUGCUCCGGACGAGCAGUUCCUGCGGCUCUCGUUGGACGAGGGAGAAGGCGAUGGCGUAGUGCGCGGAAUCAGCGAAAGUGUGGUGAAGGAUGCGAAGAAGAGCGCCAUCGAGCUGCUUGCUGUCAGAGCAUUCAGUGUUUCUGAGCUCAGGAAGAAACUAUGUGCUAAGAAUUAUUCUGUCGAUACAGUCGAUACUGUGAUUGCUGAUUUCAAGGCAAGGGGUCUGUUGAAUGACAGUUAUUAUGCGGAAUCAUUUUCACGAUCCCGGUGGCAAUCAUCAACUUGGGGUCCAAGGCGUAUAAAGCAGGCGCUUCGCCAGAAAGGGGUGCCAGAUGCCGAAGUGGACCAGGCGACGAGGAGCGUGUUCCAGGACGACCGUGGUGACGAAGACCAGGCCUCACAUGGCCUCUCAGAAGCUUCCAUGGAUCAUCUCUUGGCUCAGGCCGCGAAGCAGUGGGUGCGAGGGAGCAGCUUGCCCCUGGAGAAGCGGCGUGCGCGCAUCGUGAGGUGGCUUCAGUACAGAGGGUUCAGCUGGGGCGUGACCAACUCCAUUAUCAGGAAGCUGGAGGCGCAGCACCCUCCCUGACGACCUUAGCCUUCUGCUCUCCAUUGUUUUUGUUCUAAGUUAGUGCAGUGUGGCAAGUAUCUAACCUCUGUCUGCUCAAUCUGGUUCCUGAUUAACACGAUAUGUUUAUAUUGAUAUAAUGAUUGCUCUGCACCCUUUCUUCUU